AAAAGAACCUCUGUGUUUUCCUGUCUCUUUAUUUCCAGCUAAAAAAUCGUCGUCCAAGACGCCGGAUAACUCGGCAGCAAAAAUAAAAUUAUUACUAAAAAAAAGGGAUAGCUUGAUAGAAAGAAGCUGAAUUUAUGAGGUUUUGAAGAAGGCUGCGUCAUUUAGAAGGUUCUGUAUAAGCUCUAGAAGGUUCUUUUAUCUGCUGCUGCUAUAAUAUUGUUCCAUUCUUUUAUUUUCAGUUUUUUUUUUGAUUGAUUGAUGUUAAAAGGUUGAUUUGUUGGGUUUGUUGUGGAUUCUUGGGUCUGAAUUUGGUGCAUGUUAGUAUUUCAAAAUCUUUGGAUUUUCUCAGGUUAUUGUAUGUUUAAUUUUGUAUACCUAGAUUUGUUACUCUAAAAGGUUCCAAAUUGGAAUGAAAGAAAUACUGAUUUUUUAUAUAGUCAACUCCAAUUAGUUUAGAUUAGUGGCGGUAAAAGCAGUUGUCCAUUCAUUAUUAUCCACUAAAAAAUAGGUUGUAUAAUGAACAUUUUAAAUACGGGUCAAAUGUAGAUAAGAACGAUAUUAUCUAAUGAGUUUAACUUUUAUAUCGAAAAAACUCAAAUUGGUGGUUUCUCAAGUUUGAGAGACUAGGAAUUCUCCCAAAAGUGAUCAUACUCAAAAAGCCAUGGAUAUUAUGGAUAUCCAUAUUAUUAGCUGGUUAAUCCAUUUUCCAUAUUAAAUAUGGGUUGGAUAAUUUAUCCAUUUUUGCAUUACUCGUUUUCGACCCGUCCAUAUCUGACCCGCCCCGCCCGCUUGCCACCCCUAAUUUGGAUGGAGGCUUAGAUGUUGAUAUUUAUUUGUUGCUCUUGUUCUAGAGCCUGUUUAGAUAAAGCUUCUAAAAACUACUUAUUUUGAUCGCUUUUAUCAAAAGCAUACUUUUUUAAGUUGUUCCUCAGAUUUUACUAGAAGGGCUGCUGUUUAAUAAGUGUUACCUUUUUGCUAAAAAAAUUUCAAAGCUGAGACUUUUGAAGGACAAAUAUGUAUGUAGAAGUUGAAGGAUUUGUAAUUUUCUUGCUGGAAGUAAACAAAUCUUGAUGAAUACGAUUAUUGACAUAACACUAAUGUAACUUAACAUGGUAAUUUGCGGUCAAAGUUUACACACUCUACUUAGUUUGUCAAGUCUUAAGAGUAAAACUUUAUUCGUAUGCUGGAACUGAAAUAAAGAUAAGAGAAGUUCAGGCUUCAAUUAUUCUGCUUAGGUCAUACUCUCAUGUGUAAGGUGUAGAUAUUCGGGGCCUUUUGAGUUUCUGAACGAGGUCACAGAUGAUUAGCAGAAUGCAGGACUUGCUUCAAAAAGACUCUGAUCAUAGUAGCGUCUCAACAGCCCCAUCGAUCAGUGUUCGACCUAGUUGGCGGACUAGCAAAGAAUCACAAAUGCAACAAUGGUUGACUUUUCCUGGUCCUCAAAAUCCCGAACAAUUUGGUUUUCGUUUUCAAGAUCAGGAUUCCUCUUCUACUCAGUCAACGGGUCAAUCAUGCCCUGAAGUUGCUACGGAAGGAGAAAGCAAAAUCUAUGUGAAAAGCAACAUGCCUUUUCAAGCAGGCUAUUCUAAAAGUAUUGAAAAGCCUGAUGAAGCUCAAAGUGAAUCAACGCUGUCGAGUCACGAGCAUGAUUGCACUUACCAAGGAAACCACAAACAAAUCGUUUAUCCACAAAUGUUAGGCCCCAUAUCUGCUCGAGUGCCACUUCCUCUUGACUAUCAGCAAGAUGAGCCGAUAUUUGUCAAUGCAAAACAGUACCAGGCUAUUCUCAGGCGGAGAGAGUACCGUGCAAAGCUGGAGGCUCAGAAUAAACUCUCAAAAGGGCGCAAGCCAUAUCUCCAUGAGUCUCGCCAUCGUCAUGCACUGAAUAGGGCUAGAGGACCUGGUGGACGCUUUCUCAACAUGAUGAAGCUCCUGGAGUCUGGAUCCCCCAAUGUGACCUACGUCCUGGAUUCCCCAGUAUCUAAUAAAUUGCAGCUGAACAGACAGAUAAUGGAACCCAAAGUUCAUCACUCAAAAAACUUUCAGGAGAGCUACUCUACACCCACUUGCUCUGGUAUCUCCAAUGGCUCAAACUGUGAUGAUAUCGGCCAGCAGCAACCUUUGAACUACUCUGCCUUCGCCUGAUAUAUUGGUGGAGUAACAGAGCGUGCUGGAGGUGGUACUUGUGGUGAUGUCCGACCUUACCUCUCUGUCCUCCGCUAGGGGACUGCGAAAGAAAAGUUCACAUCACAAGUCUAUCUUUGGCCUCUGUUGGUGACAAGAUUGCUAGUGAAAGUGGGAAGUCAUCCUUGGCUAUGUUAGCAUUUGUAGUAAACUAUUGGCUACUAUUUAGUCCAUUAGCUUGCAUGGAUAUUUCUAUAUAUGCUGCUUUAAUUCCUCAUUUGUGGAAAGCUUAUAAAUUGGAUGAUUGCAAAUUAACAGUGGCUGCCUUUACUUUUU